AUGGAUUUUGGGGCACUCGAAACGGUGGUAGCUAAUUCAGCUUAUAUUACUGCAAGGGGUAGUUUUGAUGGAGGUUUUAAUCCACAAGUAACAAGGAACAAGAAAUUUCGAGCCCGAUUAAAGCUACCACCAAUAUCAGAAUGUGAGCACUUGAAGGAUAAGCUUGAUUUGGAGUUUGAAAGUAUUUGCAUCAAACAGCCAAUUGGAAAACGAUUGUUUCAGGAUUUUCUGGGAACAGUUAAUCAAUACCAACCAGCACUGGAACUAUGGAAUGGCAUUGAAGAUUAUGAUAUUGCAGAGGAUAAUGAUCGUUUGGAGAAAGCUAGAAGUACUAUAAACAGGAGUAUUGAUCCUGAAGGAACAUUAUUUUGUAACUAUGUAGAUGAAAAGGCUAUUCUAAAGGUAAAGGAUGAGUUUAAUAAGGUACCAGAUGGCCUUUUUAAACAGCUAUUGCAGUCUACCAUGGACUAUUUGAGGGAAAAAGCUUUCCAGCAGUAUAAGUCCAGCAAUUACUUUUCUAAAUUUCUUCAAUGGAAAUGGCUAGAGGCCCAACCCAUUGGAGAGGAAUGGUUUAUGGAUUUUAGGAUUCUUGGUAAAGGUGGAUUUGGAGAGGUGUCUGCCUCCCAAAUGAGGGCCACAGGAAAAAUGUAUGCUUGUAAGAAACUCAACAAAAAACGACUAAAGAAGAGGAAGGGUUUUGAAGGAGCGAUGGUGGAAAAAAGGAUUCUCGCAAAAGUUCAUAGUAGAUUUAUUGUCUCCCUGGCAUAUGCAUUUCAAACCAAAAAUGAUGUCUGCCUAGUCAUGACUCUAAUGAACGGAGGAGACCUUCGAUUCCACAUUUACAAUGUUGAUGAAGAAAAUCCAGGUAUUGAUGAGCCUAGAGCUUGUUUUUACACUGCACAGAUUAUAUCUGGGAUGGAACAUUUACACCAAAACAGGAUCAUCUACAGAGAUCUCAAACCUGAAAACGUUUUAUUAGAUAAUGAUGGAAAUGUGCGUAUUUCUGACCUUGGGCUUGCUGUACAGCUGAAGGAGAAGAAAACAAAAACCAAGGGUUAUGCAGGAACUCCAGGGUUUAUGGCUCCUGAACUAUUGCAGGGAGAAGAAUAUGAUUAUUCUGUAGACUAUUUCUCUCUGGGUGUCACCUUGUAUGAAAUGAUUGCAGCCCGUGGACCAUUUCGUUGUAGAGGAGAAAAGGUUGAAAACAAGGAUUUAAAAAAUAGAGUUCUUAAUGAUCCAGUAACAUACAAUGAAAAGUUUAAUAAAGAGUGCAAGUCUUUCUGUGAAGCCUUACUUGAAAAAGACCCUAAGAAAAGAAUUGGUUUUAAAGAUGGAAAUUGUGAUGAGCUUCGUGUUGUGCCCUUUUUCAGAGAAAUCAACUGGAGGAAACUAGAAGCUGGUAUUCUCACACCACCUUUUGCCCCAGACUCAAAAACAGUCUAUGCUAAAGAUAUUCAGGAUGUAGGGGCAUUUUCAACAGUGAAAGGCGUUAACUUGGAGCAAAAUGAUAAGGAAUUUUUUGAUGAAUUUGCCUCAGGAAAUAUACCCAUACCCUGGCAAGAAGAAAUGAUUGAAACUGGUAUUUUUGAGGAAUUAGAAGCAGAGUUAAAUGAUGUAAGGAGAGGUUCAGUUGCGAAUGACAGCACAGCCAAGUCUGGAGUAUGUCGAAUUGCCUAGAAAAUUACAAUAGAUGUAUAGCAAAAUGUAUAGGUUGUACAGUAUACCAUCUGGCUUCUUGGUUUUGCAGAUAUAAUAUUUUUAUUGUAAA